GCCGGUCGCAGAACCGUCCGUCCGCCGUACGCGAUUCUUUAUGGCCCAGACGCCAACAGGGAGUUUGAUACGAGAAAGAAAAUGGCGUCCGCAAGCUUGGCGCUGGCAAAACAUUGAACGUUGCACGCGAUACCUCCGCGAAAAAUGUGCGUAGUUCCCGUGUGAGACUUUAGUGUUGUUUUUGUGUUGCGAAGAUGACAGCCAAUAUGUACCGUGUCGGAGAUUAUGUGUACUUCGAGACGUCUUCGACGUCUCCGUAUCAAAUCCGGCGAAUCGAGGAACUGAACAAAACGGCGUCGGGAAAUGUGGAAGCAAAAGUGAUGUGUUUUUACCGUAGAAGAGAUUUACCGAGCCAGCUGAUUCAGCUUGCCGACAAACACCAAUGUGCCUUAGACGAUUCAACUGGUAGUCCGCAGUCGGCAGACAGCAAUGGUCAGGGUAACGGUAGUGGAGGCGGCAGCAACGGGGCCACCCCCAUCCCCAUCGGGCCCGUGACGCCCAGCAGCACCCCCGCCCCCACCCCGACGCCUCCGGUGGAGACCAAGGGCCCCGGCGGCGUGUUGGCGCCGGCACCCGGAGCCGCGACCCCCACCGGGGCCGAGCAGCUCAACCCCAAACAGCGCCACCAGAUGAAGCACAGGGAACUGUUUCUGUCGCGCUUAGUGGAAACCUUGCCGGCGACGCACAUACGCGGCAAGUGCUCAGUGACGCUGUUCAACGAGACCGAGGCAUUGGCCUCGUAUCUCGGCAAAGACGACAUGUUUUUUUACUGCCUGGUGUUCGAUCCGACGCAGAAAACGCUGCUGGCGGACAAGGGCGAGAUUCGCGUGGGCAGUCGGUAUCAAAGUGACGUGACGGCGCUCCUAAAGGAGGGCGAGACGGACGGCAGGGAGGCGAAAGAGUUGGAGACGCUGGUGUGGACGCCCGAGCACGGUCUCAGCGACCGGCAGAUCGAUCAGUUCCUGGUGGUGUCGCGUUCCGUCGGCACGUUCGCCAGGGCGCUCGACUGCAGCUCGAGCGUCAAGCAACCGUCGUUGCACAUGUCGGCCGCCGCGGCCAGCCGCGACAUCACCCUCUUCCACGCCAUGGACACGCUGCACAAGCACGGCUACGACGUGGGCGCCGCUCUGUGCUCGCUGGUGCCCUCCAGCGGCCCAGUGCUGUGUCGCGACGAGAUGGAGGAGUGGAGCGCCUCCGAGGCCAACUUAUUCGAGGAAGCUCUCGACAAAUACGGCAAAGACUUCAACGACAUACGCUCCGACUUCCUGCCGUGGAAAACCUUGAAAAACAUCAUCGAGUACUACUACAUGUGGAAGACUACGGACCGAUACGUUCAACAGAAACGAGUCAAAGCCGUCGAAGCGGAAUCCAAGCUGAAGCAGGUCUACAUUCCCAACUACAACAAACCAAAUCCCGCCGCUUUGAACAACAACAAAGGCGUGGUGAACGGCAGCAGCAACGGCAACGCCGACGCGGCGGCGGUCUCGCUGGGCGGAAAAGCCUGCGAAUCCUGCAACGUCAGCGUAUCGAGUCAGUGGUACGCGUGGGGUCCCUCGCACAUGCAGUGCCGCCUGUGCCAGAACUGCUGGAACUACUGGAAAAAGUACGGCGGCAUCAGGAACCCGACCAGGUUCGGCGACGGCGAGUUCGAGAACGGCUCGGCGGGCGGCGGCGGCGGCGGCAAAAAGAAAUCCGGCAGCGACGCGGAGGACGACAGGAUGGCGGGCGGCGGCGCGAUGUCGCAUCGGCCGCAUCGCUGCAACAUCGGCGGCUGCGGCAAGGAGUUCAAGCUGAAAGCGCACCUAGGUCGGCAUUACGCGACGGCGCACGGCAUAAUGGUGCGCAGCGGUUCGCCGCGGCCGAUAAUGAAAACUCGGACGGCUUUCUAUCUGCUGACGACGCCGGUGACGCGGAUCUCGCGCCGCCUGUGCCGCCACAUUAUGCGUCCGCGGCACGCGGCGCGCGCCCCCUUCUUCGCCAUCAACAUUCAGGCGGUGAAGCAAGAGUGCGGCGCGCAGAUGGUGGGCAAGACGUUGCAGGAGCUGAAGCAACUUCUGCUUUACAGGAAGAAGAACAGGGGGAGCGUGACGGCCAUUGCCACUAGGUUGGGCAGGGCCGGUCCUAUAACGCCGCAAUGGCUCAUCCUCAGCGACAAGGAAACGCUGCCGAAGCCCGAUCGGGAGGCGUUCCCGAAACCGCCGAAAGCGCCCGACGGCAGCUUGAUGUACGAGCGCGUGCCGAACAAGCCCGAAGCAGAACGGAUACCGCUCAACAACAUGUCGCCGUCCCUCAAACGGAAGGCCUUCGACGAAAUGAACGGACUCGACAGCUUCUAUUCUGAUUUGGAUUGGGAUGACGGCGGCGCGAUCGCAGCGCCCCCGCCCUCGAAGCGGAUAACCAAGGAACCGAUGCAGGUGCACCGCGGCGAGCAGUACCACGCGAUGAUGGCCGCCGCGGCGGGCGUCGCUCAGCCCGCCGCCCCCGCGGGCGCCGGCGGCGGCGCCGGGCCGCCGCACGCGAUGCCGCGCCACAUCGCGCAGAUCAACGGCAAGCCGAGGAUCGCGCACAUGACGCGCACCGGAAGCGGAAGGAAGCAGGUCAUCAGCUGGAUGGACGCGCCGGACGACGUGUACUUCCGCGCCACCGAAAGAAGCAAAAAAGUGAGACGACAAGUGACGCUGGUGGAACUGAGACGGGCGGCACGAAAACCGUGGCGACAGCUGAAAACCAAAAUGGACGACACGACGCAGGUGGUCGUGCUCGAUUGA